UACGACUCUCUCAUCUGCUCGGGCUUUAGUAGAGACCUUUAAUCUAAUAUUAUUCAACUAAAUAUGAUCAAUAAAAAGGUUCUGACGUUUGCAAAACAAAAAGUACUAACAUCAAAUCAUUUUUGAUACUAUCAACUAAAUUAAUGUUCUAAAAUUGGUGUAUACAACGCAUAGGAAUCUGCAUAAACGGUUAAUAGAGCAUAAGUGAAAUGAUGUUCAUGAAAUUCAAGUUUAAAAAUUGGUUUAUAUCGUCUUAAAACGGUUUAAUUCAUUCAAAAUUUAUCUAAAAUUGUAUAAAUCUAUCUAAAUUGGUUAAUUUAAAUAACUUUAAAUUGAAUAACUUAAAAGUGAUUAUGACUAAUCUAUUUAUAUUAUUUUCACCGUUCAAUUGUCUAUAAACAAAUGAUGAUCAUUUUUUCCAAUUUUUUUUUUAGUAUAUCUAGUUUUUUUUAACAUUUCAUCAGAGUAAAUUUUCAAUCAAACACAAAAACUAAUUAUAUAAUAAAAUUUAAUUAAUAAAUAAAUAAGUAAAUAAUUUGUUAAUGUUUAUGUCUCGUAUAUAUUUUAAAUAAUCUGCAUAGUUGUUAGUUCUCUAUAAAUCAUAUAAUUGCUUCAUAUCCACAAUUUUUUAAACAUUGACUAAAAUAAUUUAAAUUUAUUCGUCAAAAAAACGAAUGACAAAUUGUGUAUCUUCAGUAUCGAGUCUUGAAUGACAUACACACCAUUUAAAGAUCAUAAAAACAGCAAACAGUUUAUACAAAACUUUAUCAAACAACACUUACUACAAAUCACUCAUUUUAGAAAUAUGAUUCAGAAGUAUUUUUUUGAAUAAUUAUAGUAUUUUAUAGGUUAGACUUAAUUUUACAUCAUCUGGCAAAAUUUAAUCAUAGCACUGCCCGAGAUAAUUUUAGUUUGUAUCAUUGUAUGUGUUCUUUAGAUGCACAAAGUGUUUGAUAUCUCACCUCUUUGUGUACCAGUCACCGCCUAUUGCUCAUAAGACUUGAAGGCGCCUUUCUUUCUUUUUUUGUCAACCCAUUUUCAUUAUUAUUAUUAAUAAACGUUACAAGAAGUUUUACAAGCUUUAAACUAACGACUUCUCUUUUAAAUGUAACAUACCAACUUACCAAGCGAUGGACUAGAAAUUACGUCGACAUUUACGUGACUUUUCUUUUCUUAAAACUAUAUAUAAUUUAAUUUUAUCAAUGACCAAGAAAAUGCGUGGAAACUAAGAAAUGUCACAAACUUUUCUUUGUAAAUUUCCUAUGCCAAGGGAGAAAUAAGAUAAGUUGACCUUUUGGGGGCAAAAAAUCGCCUUUGACAUGUGAAAUUUCAAAAAAAAAAACGAGACGUAUGGUUUUUAUUUGCGUUAUACUUAGUAUUAUUUAAUGAUAAAUUUUUUAGGAUAGACCUAAGAAAGUUUUUAUCAUAAAUAUAGAUCUCGAAUAUCAAAAUGACCAAAAUGUUUUAUUAAGAGAUGUAUUUUUGUGUUUAAGAUUUAAAAUUUACGGUUUAGGGUUUAUGAUUUAGAAUUAAGGGGUGAGGUUUUGGGGGUAUGAUUUUAAAUUUUAAAAACUAAAAAAUAUUAAAAUUUUAAAAUUAAAAAGUUUAUUUUGGUCAUUUGUUUUUUGAGAUCUAUUUUUGUGACAUAAACUUAAAAAAAAUCUAUUUGAGAGAAUUACUCUUAUUUUAUUUUUUCCCUCCGAUUAUAGAGUUUUGACUUAUUUUAAUUAACAGUUGAUUUUACACAUAUAAAUCAUUUUUGUUCAACGAAGUGAGAAAUUUCGUACUUCUAAAUUUCACACUUAUUUCUCUGUUAAUGAGAAAGUAACACCAGACAAAAAUUUUUGGGAAAUUUACAUACAUCUUCAAAGAAAUGAGUAAUCAGACAAGACAGACCACCAUUGACUUGGAGUCUUAAAAUAAAGAAAAAUAAACAACACCAUUAACGUGCCAAAAGAGAGGUCUUCAAACACGUUGAAAAUUAAACAAACAAUACAAGUCUUUGUAAUAGUCUUUGAUUAUAUACGUAUCUUUGUUUUCUUCCGUCAGUCAAUUCAUUAGACAUGAGUCAAUUAUAUAGUUUCAAAGUUUUUAAUUGUAUAUCUUCGAAUCAUAGAUGUCCAUGAAGAAUUCUUAAUACAUAUUGGGAGAGUGACAGCUAGAAAUGAAGGAGCAACACAUGACCAAGUAGCAGAAUAAAUAGGGGCACGUGCUCAGUAGAGUCUGUAUAUAGAUCUUUCGCUCGCUUCCGAUUUUCUCUCAAUACAAAUCUCGAGGAGGAGGCGCCAAAAGAUAAACUGCAUCACCGGCUUUUACAGAGAUUUCUCCGGCGAAGAUCCGUCUCUGUAACGAUUAACGACGACAAAAUGCUAAUGAAAACGCAAAGACUCACUAUCUCUCCUUUCCUUCCGACUAAAUCUCACCAACCACUUAUCCGUUGUCUCGGUGGAGGCUCGGUGCUGACCCGGAGAAAACUCGGUGGGAUCACCACAGCAGCUGCUCCGAUUUUCCAGGGAAAGCCGGUGGUGACUCGUCGGGAAAUAAAAACAGGGCGAAUUACGAGGAACUGCGUCGAAAAUGAUGGCGGAACUGAAGAAGAAGAAGAAGAAGAGAAGAAGAGCAGGGGUCUGGUGAAGGAGAGCGUAUGGGAACAGAUGAAAGAGAUCGUCAAGUUCACAGGUCCGGCGAUGGGGAUGUGGGUUUGUGGUCCGUUGAUGAGUCUCAUCGACACGGUGGUCAUCGGCCAAGGUAGCUCCGUCGAACUCGCCGCACUUGGACCGGGGACGGUACUAUGCGAUCACAUGAGUUACGUCUUCAUGUUCCUCUCCGUGGCGACAUCCAAUAUGGUCGCUACUUCUCUUGCCAAACAGGACAAGAAAGAAGCACAACAUCAAAUCUCUGUCUUGCUCUUCAUUGGAUUGGUUUGUGGACUAAUGAUGCUUUUGUUGACUAGAUUAUUUGGACCUUGGGCUGUUACUGCAUUUACGAGAGGGAAAAACAUUGAGAUUGUUCCUGCAGCCAAUACAUACGUUCAGAUUCGAGGCUUAGCGUGGCCUUUUAUUCUUGUUGGAUUGGUUGCUCAAAGCGCAAGUCUUGGAAUGAAGAACUCAUGGGGACCUCUUAAGGCAUUAGCAGCAGCAACGGUCAUUAACGGUCUUGGAGAUACGAUCCUAUGCUUGUUUCUCGGACAAGGUAUCGCCGGAGCUGCUUGGGCAACAACCAUCUCUCAGGUUGUUUCGGCUUAUAUGAUGAUGGAUUCUCUGAACAAAGAAGGCUACAAUGCUUACUCCUUUGCGGUACCUACACCUCAAGAACUAUGGAAGAUCUCUGCACUCGCCGCACCUGUCUUCAUCUCAAUUUUCUCCAAGAUUGCUUUCUACUCUUUCAUCAUCUACUGUGCUACCUCCAUGGGAACUCACGUUUUAGCAGCUCAUCAAGUGAUGGCUCAGACGUACAGGAUGUGCAAUGUAUGGGGUGAGCCACUCUCUCAAACGGCUCAGUCAUUUAUGCCUGAGAUGUUAUAUGGUGCGAACCGUAACCUUCCCAAGGCGAGAACGUUGCUCAAGUCCCUAAUGAUUAUUGGAGCCACGCUUGGAUUAGUAUUGGGAAUUAUAGGAACAUCGGUUCCAGGCCUGUUUCCUGGUGUCUACACACAUGAUAAAGUCAUCAUAACCGAGAUGCAUAGACUGCUUAUACCAUUCUUCAUGGCGUUGUCUGCAUUGCCAAUGACAGUAUCCCUGGAGGGUACAUUGCUGGCGGGACGUGAUCUGAAAUUCGUCAGCUCGGUGAUGAGUUCAAGCUUCGUUCUUGGUUGUCUUACACUAAUGUUUGUGACACGAAGCGGAUAUGGUUUAGUCGGCUGUUGGAUGGUUCUCGUCGGAUUUCAGUGGGGUCGGUUUGGACUGUAUCUACGGAGGCUGCUUUCACCUGGAGGCAUACUUAACACGGAUGUGCUGACGACUAAGAAGAUCAAAUCAGUUUAAAGUCUCUCUCUCUCAAUAAUGAAUUUUUGUUUCCUAAUUGUUGCCGAGAGCCCAUCUCUAUGGGGUUUUUUUGCCAAUAAAAAGUGGCUAUUUUAUUUACAUAUAUAUCUCAAGUACCAAAGAAGAAAGUAGAAUUGAGCUCUGAAGCUAUGUAAAUUUCAGUUGUUAAUGUCAACGAGUUUUGAAAAAUAUAUACAUACAUACAUA